AAUGGGUCAAACUUCCGUUGGUUUUCACGAACUUUUUUUGAUGUAUUGCACUUAUGCCCCAGUUGUGAAGGCGUCCAAAACCCCAGAUAUCUAUCCGAAAGAUUUGAGAGUAAAAAAAAGUUUCAAGAAUGGCCGCAUUCAUUUGUUCGAUGUACAACUUUUAGUUAAUUAUAAAUGCAAAUGAAAUACAUUCGAUUGGCACGUGACUAGGCUCAGUGCUCCUUAGCGAGCGCGAAAUUUGAGUUUGACGGAAAGAUUACCAACGGUUGGCCAACUUUAACUUUCUGAAAGCUGGAUUUCAAGAAAUCUCGCUUCGAAUGAAGUGUUCUACAAGCUUUACACUUCUUGGAAAUCUAAGCUUCAGUCUAUAGCAGAUUUUAGAGCUUUUUAGCGCUUAUUUUAGGCAGAAAUGGUCGUCGGUUUGUCCCGGUUCUCGCGCCUUCGAGCUCCCAGCACAAGAGGGAAUGGGAGUUCUUCUGGAUAUGAGAGUAACGAGGGAGACAACAUCAAGGUGUAUGUGCGUGUUCGCCCACCAGCAAAGAACCUAGAGAAUGGAGUAGAUCGCCAACCAUGUGUAGAAGUGACGUCAGCCAACACUUUAGUUUUACAAAGCAAACCUGACCCUAAGACGUUCUCUUUUGAUCAUGUUGCUGAUAUCAAUACUAUGCAGGAGGAAGUGUUUGGAGCUGUGGGGAAAAAGAUUGUUGAAGGAUGCGUUAAUGGUUACAAUGGCACCAUUUUUGCAUAUGGUCAAACAGGUUCAGGCAAGACAUUCACCAUGCUUGGUCCAGCUGAAGGAGAGGCAGAAUGUUUCGCACAUGAGCUUAGAGGUGUCAUUCCUAGGGGAUUUGAGUAUCUUUUCAGUUUAAUCAAGAGAGAGCAAGAAAAGCAUGGAGAUCAUCUUGAGUUUCUGUGUCGAUGUUCGUUCCUGGAAAUCUACAAUGAGCAAAUAUUUGACUUAUUAGACCCUGCAUCAAGUGGAUUAGCCUUGAGAGAAGACUUGAAGAAAGGGAUAUUCGUAGAUGGGCUACUAGAAAGAGAUGUAGCUAGUGCAAGAGAUGCCUAUAGGGUAUUGAACUCAGGCUGGUUAAACAGAAGAGUUGCCUCCACUUCAAUGAACAGAGAAAGUAGCAGAAGUCAUGCAGUGUUUACCGUGACUUUAGAAUCUAAGGAAAAGAAAGGCAAAAUGUGUAAUAUUAAAGUGUCAAAAUUGCACUUAGUGGACCUGGCAGGGUCUGAGAGACAGAGAGAUACACAUGCUGAGGGAUUAAGACUCAAGGAAGCCAGUAGCAUCAAUAAGUCACUGUCAGCAUUAGGUAAUGUUAUCAUGGCACUUGUUGAUAUGACCCAUGGUAAACAACGACAUGUCCAUUACAGAGACUCCAAGCUAACCUUUUUAUUGAAGGAUUCUCUUGGAGGAAAUGCCAGGACUUAUAUCAUAGCUAACGUUCAUCCAUCAGCCAAGUGCUUUGGUGAAACUCUUUCCACUCUUAACUUUGCACGUCGCGCCAAAAUGAUCAAAAAUAGGGCUGUUGUCAAUGAAGACAGUACUGGCAGUGUUACUGCUCUGCAAGCUGAAAUAAGAAAGCUAAGAGAGGAGCUGUCAAAAGCACGAUCUGCCAUGAAUGGACAAGUAACAAGACAAGUGCCAACAGAACCAGAUAACAACUCAGCUAGUGGUCGUGACCAGUCCUGCUCGGACACUAACAACAACAGUGGUAAUGACUAUGGACAGCAAUACAAAGAAUGGCGCGAAAUGAUUAUAGCUGCUACUGAGGGACGGGACCGGGCAGAACAGGAAAAGCAGGCUUUAGUAGAAAAGGUCCAGAAACUUGAAGAACUGUGCAGUAAAAAAGACAAAUUUGUACAGUCCACUAAAAUGAUUCUGAAGUUUCGAGAAAGUCAUAUCGCUAAACUUGAGCGGAUGCGAAAAGGAAACAAAGAAGAUAAAGAACGAGAAGAAGACAGCAGAGAUAAACAGAUCCAAUUGCUAAAUGAAGAAAUAACAGUACUAAAAGAGAAAGUAGAACAUCAUCCAGACGUUACGAGGUUUGCCAUGGAAAAUCUGGAAUUACGAGCUGAGCUCAAGAAACUACGACAACUAGAUGAUGAUGGUAACGAUAUUACUCACGAACUGUCCAGAUGUCAUCGAUAUACGUUACAGUUAGAAAGACAGCUACGAGAACUACUGCAGUCUCCACAGGGGAGUGUUGAUCUUGAACAUAGUUUAUCAAGUUCGUUACUAAACCUGGAAGCAUCGAAUGCAGAACUUGAAAAAUUUAAGAUUGAAAGAGGACAGCUACAUUCUCAGCUAGAAACGACGCGAGAGGAUCUAAAACAGACCCGGGAAGGGUUGCAAAAGACAAAAGAGAGACUUAUCAACGAAGGUGAAACUUACCGAAAGAAGAUCCUUGACUUGGAGUCCGACCUGUCAGCUUCUAUGAAGGCUAAUGCUGAACUAGAGAAAGCACUUGAAACAUUUCAACUAAAAACUGCAGUAGAAAGAACGACCCUGAAUGACAUCCACAUGCAGACGAUAAAGACUCUCACUUCACCCAAGAAAUCCUUCACUCCUAACCGCCUCACACCUCACAGCGCAGCAAGCACACCAAAACGAAGUAGCAAGAAAAGCCUGAACAAGUUGGUGGUCAACUCACCAGUGAUUGAUCUAGCUGACGAGAAACCACCCAAUGGGCUGUUCAGAAGAGACAGUUUCCAUGACAGCGGUAGUGAUGGCGAGUUUGAUGAACCGUUCUUUAACUUUGAUGAUGAUCAGAUGGAUGCUGAAGAGCUGUAUUCUGAAACGUUAAUGGACGAACUGAAGAAGCUUCAGGAAAUGAACAACGAACUGCUACAGAAAUUGCAGGGUUCAGAGUCUAAUGCCAUCAAGUUAAACCAGGCAGCAAACAAACAGGAAUACCAGGUUCAACAGCUCAACUGUACCUUGGCCAGUGAACGAGAGAAACAUGCUGCUACUGAGACAGAACUGAACAUGAAGAACCUUAGCCUGACUGACAAACUGAGGGAGUCUAAAGGAGAGAAUUCAGUAUUAAAAAGUGAGGUAGAAGACUUAAAGAUCGUCUUGCAGUCUGCUGACAAAGAAUUGGAGACUAUCAAGAAGCAAAGAGACUUGGAAAGCAUUGAGAAUGGAAGAAUAAUAGCUUCACUCGAAAGCAAGGUGACUCAGCUUGAAAUUGAAAACUACAACCAACAGAAUGAGAUUGAGAAUGGCAUAGAAACGAUACAGAACCUAGAGUCCGAGCUAGAGACAUUGCGAGAUGAAUUGCAAUUUAACAACCACAAGAUCGAUGAAUAUGAAAAGAUGCUCCAAGGAGAAAGACACAGAAUACGAGAACUUGAGCAAGAACUUCAGAAUACAAAUGAAAAGCUACACUUCCAGACAGAGACGAAUAUUAACCUCAUGGCUCAGCAGGAUAAGAAAGAGGAGUCUCCUGUUGCUAUAGAACAAUUUCAGUCAUUACAGUCAGACUUACAGAAGUGUAACGCAAUAUGCGAGCAGCAGGCAAAUAACACAGCUGAACUCACUCAAAAACUGGAAGAAAAAGAGGAGGAGAUCGCAUCACUAAAGAAACGAAAUGAAUCAGACAAGGAAUGUGUGGCCAACCUAAUGGAAUCUGUCGUUGGUCUGAAGAAAGUGAUCAGCGAAAAAGAUAACGAUAUCGCAGUACUAUGCACAGAACUGGAAGAAUGCAGAAGCAAGAUACAGGAACUUUCUGAUACUGUGGAAGAAAAGAAACGAAAAAUUGAAAAACUUAAGGAAAAGUUGGAGAAAGAAAUGGAAAAGGCAGCAAAAGACAGGACACAACGAGAUUCAGAGAUAAGCUUAGCGAAAGAAGACCUCAAACGUACAACUCAACAAUUCAAAGAGCUCACAGAGGCAUUAGAACAACAGCAACAGCAAAUUGCAACCAUGCAGGAGGACCUUAAGAGCAAGACAGACAAGAUAAACGAUCAAGAAAACGAGUUGGCUGAACUAGUGAGUUCAAUCGGUGAAAUUGAAUCAAAGAAUGAGGCUCGUAUCUCAGAACUCCAACAACUGGCAGAAUCAAAAGACAACUCGAUAGUCAUGAUUGAAUCUCAAGCAACUGACUUGGAGCACUACAAACUAACUCAAGUGAAAUUAACUAAAGCCAUCGAGAAUCUAGAAUUAGGAAGACAGGAGAAGAACGAAGAACUGGCSACUCUGAAACAAAAACUAGAACAAAUAAGACACGAAAACGAAAUGCUUGAAACGAAAAACAAGACUUUGAGCUAUCAACUGGAAGCUGAAGUAGAUGAGAAGGCAACCAAGACCAAUACCUACACUACAGAACUAACAAGACUAAAAACAACCGCUGAUCAAGUAGUAGAAAAGAACGACAAACUCAACCAAGAACUGGAAAAACUUCAGGACAAGUACACAGACCUCGAGUCUAAACUUGAAAUCGCUAACUUCAACAAGGCAAUGGCGGAAGAGAACGCUGAUGGGAUGAUAGAAGAACUGGAAAGGACACAGAAAUCAGAGGCUCUAAUGUUUUCUGAAAAACAAGAGCUGAACUCCAAAUGCGAAAGAUUAUUAGAAGAAAAAAUGAAGCUAGAACAGGCAGUGAAAAAGCUUGGUGACGAGAACGCUAAACUAACGGGACACCAGAACCCGCAACAGAAGAUCCAAUACUUGCUGGCAAUCAAAAGAGAGAACAACGAGCUACAACAGGAAAUACGCAAGUUACGUGCAGACAAGGAAAAAUGUAGGUGUGGCCAUGAGCUGAUCGCCAAUGGAAGGAAAGAUGAUUGAAGUAUAAACUAUACCAUUAACAUGUAGCCUUAAUAACCGAUAGAACAGCAAAUAUUAUGAUAUAGUGCACCAAUUAGGACUCCUGCUUUCAUUUUGGUCAUCGCUAACAAGCACGAACCAUCGGUACCGUUUUCUCACUAAGUUCAAGUGGGAAUCACGACUUUUGAAUGCCCGAAUAGCUAAGUUUAGAGGUUAAUGUAUAAAAGUGCCGUGCCGUGAAUUGGCCACAUUAGCGAUUCCAGAAUUCUUACUGCGUAUGAUAGCAUAUUAUGUAUGACUAUGUAAAAUCAUAACAGACACGGUCACGGUACGGAUUCAAGAUAUUAGUUGUUAUCAAGGCGCGGGCAAUUAGCGUGAGAUUAAAGACGAUCCAAUAUAAAGGUGUUACAAAUAAUAUACGUUACGGCAAACCUGUAACCGUCAUGUAACACAAUGAUGAGUCGUAAUUGAGGAUACACUGCAAAAUACAGAAAGCAAUUUCAAGGGCACGGCAAGUCGUACCGUGCACAUGAUAUAGCUUGGUAAUUAUUUACGUUAAUCUCUCAUCUUAAACAUCUCUACUACAACAUGGCAACGUCAGCGAACGACAUGACCACACCUUGCGGUGCGCGCUUUUAUAUAAUUUUUUGUUCAUUGGCAUUUCCGAGGUCGCUCAGAAAACUGGUAAGAAGUAGGGCGCGCUCUGCAUCAUGGGGCUGUUUUAGGGUCCCCCAUUGUCUUUUUCGUGUUCCAGGUUUUAGUUUUUGAAUUGAGUAACAUUUACUUUGGUUUUACGACCCGCCUCCCAAGAGAGCUUCCUAACUUAGCUUCCCCCCCAUUUAGAAAAAAAUGGAGCCCGUUUAAACAGUCCAAUGAUUCAAUCUCACUCUUCACUGGUCAAGUGUUCUGGUUUUCCAUUCACCCACCAUUAAUCGAUAUAUUCCACUUGGCGGGAAAGCUUGUACAUCAAAGGCUAGCCAAAACAAAGUCAGCUGAAUGACUAUUAAAAACUUGAAUAUUGAUUUUAUUUUCACAUUAAAAAGUGAAAACGUA